AGACCAGGCUCAGUCCGGCGCUUCGAAGAUUCCACCAGACGUCUUAUCGGAUGACAGGUAGAGGUAUGCAACUGGACGGAAGUACACCGGUCACCGCUUGGAGGAAUAUCUGUUGCACUCUGACUCGUGCUGGUCGGAACUGGCGGUGGACCAACAAAGCGGUCGCCUUGGUCCGAACGCCUGUCGCAAGAAGCAAGAUUUGUGCACCUGCGGACGACAAGUUAUGGCUCAUCAAGCUCAUACGAGUCCACUAUACGGCCACCAAAGCUCGACUCAGCGCCCCGUGGGGUCCUUCCAUCAAUCACGAAGCAAGGACUUUCCUCGUUCUGGUCGCCGUGAACUGAUCUUUGCCUGUCUUCGUUAUUGAAAUCACACUCCGACAUUGCAAGACCAAGAUCAUCAUAAUAGAUGCAGGGAUCGUCCUUGCGGGCAUCCGCGAAAGAAUGUACUUGUAGACAACGCCCCGCCUGCUCCCGAAGCUCCGCCCCAAACAAGCGUACACACUUCCAGCAAAUAUGGCAGCUCACUUCUUCGCCAUUUCGUUCUUCGCCGGACUUUGUGCCAGCAGCAGCGUGCCGCAAUAUUCGAGUCCUGGAAG